GUGGUUUCGGUUGAGCAUUCUUGGCAACGUCUCGCUCGGAGAACAGGCUGCAGACUGACGGCGAACCAACGGCUGUUUCUCCCCCCGACGUCCAGAGAGUUGUGAUUAACGGACUAACAGAACACACCGGAGCGGGGUUUUAGCUCCCUCUACCUCAGCAUCUUAAGUAUUCUGCAGGACUUUGAAUUGCUCCCCUCGGCGGUUGUUGGCAGACGGUGGGAGAAGGGGUAAAAAAAGGAGGGGGAGGCCGGAGCGAUUAUGAGACUUGGGGUGCGCUUUAACCCACUUAGCACACCAUUGCAGGGUCUUCUGCCAAAACGACUAAAGUACAGAGCUUCCUCUGCCUGCACAGUCACACCAAACCUUUCACUAAUUGCUUUACCUGCACAACUGAAGGCAGAAAAGAAAGCUGAGAAUAAUCCUUAAGGAAGAGGAUCCAGACUUGUUCCAUCAUGCAUCACUGAAUUUUCUACAUCUCCCCACUAAAAGCAAUGUUUCUGGGAGCUAGAGGCCACAGCAGAGUGUGUGUGGGGCCCCUCCCCAGUGCCCCUCCUGAGAUGGGAAGCCAGAAGCCUUCCCACCGGCCCUGAGCUCUCCCGGGGCGUCAUGAACACUUACAGAGACAGGGGGGUAACCUGCGUCUCCUCAGACCUUCUGGACGGAGGCGGAGGGUUACCCCAAAACGCUCCACUUCGUCACACCCCCAAUGGCCACCCCACAGAACCAGCAGCACAACCGCGCAUCUCUGUGCCCAAAAUGGGUGUUCGUGCAAGGAUCGCCGAAUGGCCUCCCCGUCGCGCGCAGUCCCGGGAGUCGCUGCUCGAAAACGGGCAAAACGGCAGCAAUCACUACGACGACUACUCCGUCUCAUCAUCGGUUUUGUCAUCCGACGGCAGGCUGGUGCGAGGAGGGGUCGCCAGGCUACCCCGCAGAUGGUCAAAAGACGUGGAGUUCAGGGGCGGGGGGUUCGUCAGUGACAGAGGUUCGCCUCUCAGUCUAAGAGUUUUCCCACCACUGAGACAGCGCUCCAACAGUGAAGUAACGCUCAGCGAACAGGACGAAAAUGAGGUGGAGACUCGAGGUGGCGGUGGGUUUGGAAACCGGUUCCGAGUGUACGGCAGCACCUCUUCCAUCGACAUCCAGGGCAUUCCGGAGCAAGGCUUCUUUGAAAUGCUCAGCCAGUUCCAGCAGGAGAGGCCUGACCAGCGCAGUUUAGCUCCCGCACAACUCGGAGAGCUGCUGCGAGUUCCGGAUCCGUCAUCGAAGACUCCUUUCCCCGCCGCUCCCUCACCUGCUCCCACAGGCGGGGAUGACAAAGGAACAGGCAGGAAGGACGGUACGGAGAGAGCGAGGAAGAAAAGUGGUGGGACGGAGUCUGCUCUGGGUACUUCCUCUCUGUUCAGGAAGCUUCGGAGCUCCAGUCGGGGGGAGCUGGACGGAGGAAAGGGAGAGGCUAACGAGGACAGGGGAGGCAGAUGCUCUACAGAUGCCUCUUAUAAACCCUGGGUGUGUCCAAAGAGCUUUGUCCACUUUGAUGCUCAGAGCGUCCUGUUCGACCUCCAUGAGGCAGCAUCUCAGCGCGGCUUUUCUACUCAGCGGAGGAACACCGCCACCGGAGCAUCGGCCGCUUCGUCCUUGUCUGGCUCCAGAUUGUCAGCUCCGAACCUGAACGACCCCAUUUACUCGAGCAUCGAGGAUCUGACCCUUAACCUCGAUCAGAGCUCCACACUUCCCUCCCUACCUGCGGACCCUCUAGAUGGGCCUGCAGCGCACACUUCAAGCCCACUGCUCCUCUCCUGUCCCCACUUCCUCAAUGAGAUAGGUGGGCAUAGGGAGAGAAACGUGAGCUUCCUCAGCUCCUCAGCAGAACGAGGAGAUGGAGAUGGAGGAAGAGGGUGGCUGAGGAAGAGUAAUGCCAGCAUAUCUGUGCUUGAGAUCCCCAUUGAAGAACAGGAGAUGAGGCUGGAAAGACUGAAACUAUAUGGCAUAGAGCAUGUAGACCAGGGGGCUCGCUACUACAGAGACUACUUCCAUGGGAAAGACCACUCCAACUACUUCGGGACGGACGAUAAGCUGGGCCCCGUGGCCGUGAGCAUUCGCAGGGAGAAAGUGGAGGAUACCAAAGACCACAAAGACCAGUACCAGUACCGCAUAAUCGUCAGGACCAGUGAGCUCGUGACCCUGCGUGGCUCCAUCUUGGAAGACGCGGUGGCAUCGACAGCGAAACACGGCACUGUCCGAGGUCUUCCGCUCAAAGACGUCCUGGAGCAGGUCGUCCCUGAGCUCAACGUCUCUUGUCUGAGACUGGCGCUCAGCACGGCCAAAGUCACAGAACAGCUCCUCAAACUGGACGAACAGGGGCUGAGUCACAAGCACAAAGUGGGUGUUCUGCUGUGUCGUGCGGGCCAGAGUACAGAGGAGGAGAUGUACAACAACGAGGAGGCAUCGCCCGCCUUCUCUGCCUUCCUGGAGCUGCUGGGGGAGCAGGUGCUCCUCAAAGGAUUCUCGAAAUACGCUGCACAGCUCGACACAAAGACUGACUCGACAGGCACCCACUCCCUUUACACCACCUACCAGGGCUAUGAGGUGAUGUUCCACGUGUCCACCAUGCUGCCAUACAUGCCCAACAACCCGCAGCAGCUCCUGAGAAAGAGGCACAUAGGUAACGACAUUGUCACCAUAAUCUUUCAAGAGCCUGGAGCGCAGCCUUUCACCCCUCAGAACAUCAGGUCCCACUUCCAGCACGUCUUCGUUAUUGUUCGGGUGCACAACCCCUGCUCCGACGGCACCUACUACAGUGUUGCUGUAACACGUAUGGAGGACGUUCCCUCUUUUGGACCACCCAUCCCCAGCGGAGUCACCUUUCGUGAUCCGGAGAACUUUCGUAACUUCCUCCUCGCCAAAGUCAUUAAUGCGGAAAACGCUGCGCACAAGUCCGACAAGUUCCACACUAUGGCGACGCGGACUCGGCAGGAGUACCUACGGGACCUGGCCGAGAACUACGUCAGCAGCACGCCCCUGGACUCGGCUGGGAAACUGAACAACCUCAUCUCCCUCGCGUCUAAGAAACGUGAACGCACGAAAGCGAGAGAGAGAGCGGAGCUGGACGCAGACGGGGCCAUCGCCUGGAGACUCCUGGCCCAGGACUUCAGCGGAGGGGCCGCAGAGCUACCCUGCGCCUUGGGAAUAUCAGACGAAUACAUGGUCCUCAUUGACUGCUCCACCAAAGAGGUGGUGUUCAAUUGUUUCUGUAGUGAUGUAAUCGGCUGGACGCUGGAGCGGCUGUCAUUGAAGAUCUUUUACGGGAGAGGAGACCACAUUGCGGUCAGAGUACCAGAAGGAUCUGGACACGACAUCACAGAGAUGGUGCAGAGGUUAAAGAUGUUGACAGUCGGGUGUGAGACGGUGGACAUGACGCUAAGAAGAAACGGACUGGGACAGCUGGGCUUUCACGUCCGUCUGGACGGCACCGUCUCCGAGGUGGAGGAGUACGGCUUCGCCUGGCAGGCGGGACUGAGGCAGGGCAGCCGUCUGGUGGAGAUCUGCAAGGUGGCCGCCGUGACGCUCACUCACGAGCAGAUGAUCGACCUGCUGAGGACGUCGGUCACCGUCAAAGUGGUCAUCAUUCCUCCGUACGAAGAGAGCAAACCUCGCAGGGGCUGCACAGAGGAGUACGAGAUGAAGACCAUGGAGCAGAAGCCCGAGCCAGAGCCUCUGGCAGUCGGAUACCGACCUUCUCUCCACCAAACGUGGCGAUGGGAGAGCUCACCCAUUUCUGCGGGGCUCCUGAAUGCUCCCAACCUGCCUCGCUGGGGACCCAUGGGCCCCCUGCCUCCUCCUCUGGCCCGCUCACACAAACCCCUGAUUCCAGUUCCCUACAGAGAGCCACAGCACUUCAACUCCAAGAGGCCUGUAAGUUACCCAGAGAACCACUACAACCUGUCUCCUGCAGGAGGCGACAGAGUCCUUCCCUACAGAAACCCCUCUGCCAGCUUCUCUUCGCCCUCCACAGGGCUGGUUGCCCUCUCCGUCAUGGGCUCUCCUGGAAUGACUCCAGGAUCUUUUGUACGCUACAAGCCGUCACCCGACAGGUUUGGAUCAGUACAGCGCCCCCUGCUGCCCUAUGAACCGCACUUCAGUGUGGACUUCACUUCUAGUGGAGAGUCUUCCUCAGGGUUCAUCAGUCAGGAGAGCACAAUGGAGCGCUGCAAAACAGAGCCCCUCUGGCAUGUCCCAGCAUCAUCGUCUCGAGGACCAGGUGGCGGAGGGGGGCAGAGGAGAAUAACCAGACAGGACGUCCCGGCCAAAGACUCUCCGAACAGACACUCAAAGGGCGAGGCUCAGUACUCCAGCCACUCCAGCAGCAACACAUUGUCCAGCAACGCAUCCAGCAGCCACAGCGACGAGCGCUGGUUUGACGGCGGACCUGGAGGAGAGCGGGUAGGCGGCGGGUUUCUUGGCGACCCGGUCGAUCCAGACCCAGACCUUCUCAACCAGGGGGGCUCCAAUGACAGCGGCAUCGACGCCUCCACGCACUACAACAGCAGUCACCGCGGACACAAGACCGGCAGCCAGUCUCACAAACCCAUGCAUCCCUCGGCGACCUACAGCGGCUUUCCGGAGCUGUCCGUGGGAAGGAGCAACAGCGGAGAGUCGAGGAGACAGGAGUCUUCACCCAUUAUGCCAGGCGCUGCCAAUCAGAACAAAGGGUACCCGACCAAAACGUUCCCGCCUCCCAGCUCCAGCGCUGAAAAAAUGGACGCUUUCAAACCGAGGGCCUUCACACCGCAGGGCUUCAAGACGCCGGCAGCGGAGAAAGCGCGGCCCGUCCGAGCUUCUACGACAACGCCCACCUCGGGUCAGAUGGGCUCCACCGCUUUGUCUAGUUCCGCCCCCAAGGAGUUUUACGGGAAGAGCAAAUCGAGAAGUCAUCAGACAGAAGAGACCAGUGCAUCAUCUUCAAACAUGACCAACACUUCCAAUUCUGAGAGCAACAACAAGAACAGGCUGGUGGAUACGAAUUCAAAGAACGUGUUUGGGCAGCCUCGGCUCCGAGCGUCGCUGAGAGACCUCCGGUCUCCACGUCGGAUGUACAAGAGCACCAUCGAAGACGACCUGAAGAAACUGAUCAUAAUGGACAACCCCGGAGAGACGCCACCGUCCGACCCGUCUCCCAGGCUCACCCUGCAGCGCACCUUUUCAGACGAGUCCCUGUGCAGCGGGCGCAGAGACGCCGCCUUCGCCUGCUCCGAGAACCAAACCACCUCCAGCGACGUGCUGUUCACCUGCACGCUGCCCACACGCAAACACUCGAGCUCCUCCAACAACUCCAGCCACUCGCAUAGCAAGAAGAUGCCGCUGUCCGCGUCGGAGUUAUCCCUGACGGAAGCGAGAGACAAAGUUCCUCCUCUAAGGAGGCACGACCCGGGGCUGAUGCCGCUCCCCGACACGGCCAGUGGACUGGAGUGGUCCAGCCUGGUCAACGCCGCAAAAGCCUUUGAAGCACAAAGAGCCGUCUCCCUGUUCUCACUGAACGAACCGCAGCUUGGAGGUCCAGAAGCGAGACCGACCGCCAGUCCGGUUCAGUUCAACACUCCUCAGACGCCGCGGACCACACCGACGUUCAGCGGAGAUGAGGUGCCCAAUGACAUGUCGGGUCGGCUCUACCAGCUUGAGGUGAUGCUAAAACAGCUGAACAAUGAUCUGGAGAAGGAGAAGCAGGAUAAAGUCGUCCUGCUGGCAGAGAUGGCGAACCUGAGAGAAAACAACCAGCGGCUGCAGGAGGAGAGUCUAACAGCCAGCGAGCAGCUGCGCAAGUUCAACGUGCUUUUCACCAACCUCAAGACCGGAAGUGACCAUGAGACUCAGCCUGUGACGCAGGACGCCAGCUCCCAACGGGAGUGACGGACCGGAACCAAACGGGAGGGGCGCGGGCGGGUGUAUUUAGCUACCCAGUGGGACUGCCUUAAACCAGAGACCGUGAGAACAGACCACCUGGACUUGUAAACAUGCUGCUCUCCCAGAGAGUCUGCACCUGUGUGUACUCUGAGCCCGUUUAUUUUUCUAAACUGAAGUGAAAACAUCUCAUUGGACUCGUGAUGCUACUAUGCCGGAGGAGCAAGCAGGAGAAGACUGUUUUAGAGAACACUACGUCACCUGGAGAGGCCUAAUACUGUUUCUGCAGCAAAUCAGCCAAAAAAAAAAACAAAACAAGAGACACUGCAUCUCCCAGAAUGCACUACACAUUGUGGAAGCUCUACAGGUAUGAUUAUACAGACACCUGUGCGGUCAAAUUCUCAUCAUCAACGUCAAACUAAUAUACUAAAGAGAGAGGUGUGAGUGUGGUGUUAAACUCCUUAGAGGCACUAAAGUGUUUGUGCUUGAUGCACCUGGCAUUUAAUUCCUCUAGUGUGUGUGUGUGUGUGUGAGUGUGUGUGUGUGUGUGAGAGAAAAGUGACAAACAAACUUGUUUACUGUAAUAUAAACCGUUCAGGCUCUGUUCUCCGUUAACAAGGAUUGACUGUGGCUCUCAGAUGUGAACCGAACCCCCGUCGUCGUUCUGAUCUGGGAUGAUGUCAUAAAACUAAACUCAGUGAAACAAUAACAUCAUAUCUUCUAGGUUUGACUCCCUGCUUUAGCAGAACCUGAUCAUCUCAGAUCCAAACCCUCUGGACCUUUGUUUUAACCUCAGUUACUACAGUGUGUCUCUUAAAGAACAGCCAUGACAUUUUGAGAGUUAUGCUUUCAUUUGGAGACCCAAUCUAUAGCGAUGAAAAAGAUAAUAUUUUGUCAUUUUAUAAAUAAGAUAAAUUGACUAUAAAUUAUUUCACUUCUAGUUCUAUUUUAAAGGGGGAGGUGUUAUGUAAAAUUAACUUUUUUGAACUUUAUAUCAUCAUGUUAUUCCCUCAACAAAAACAUACCCGAAGUGUUGCUUUGAUUCUUUCGUGCACGUUCUAUGAAACCUUCAAUCUCUGAUGGCAGCUGUUCAGGGCGUCUAUAAACGCUUGGUUUGACAAAGCUCCGCCCCUUUCCACAGAGCUCCACCCAUUUCCACAAAGCUCCUCCUUGGAGCUGCACUCACCAGCUGAGCUUCAGCCUCCUAAGAACUGCAUAAUGAGGAACACUGUUGUGAUGACGUGCUGGAGGUGGAGUGUCGGGAAGAGCAGCAUCUUCUUAAAGAGACAGUGGCCCAAUAACAACAGAGUGGCCCAGUUGUUAUUGGGCAACUCUGUUGUACUAUAAAAGGGCAGUGUGUGCCUGAAAAAUACAUAAUGCCUCCCUUUAAAUUUUUAUUUUCAAGCCAGUAAAUGUUGGAUCCGUUUGAAAAACUAUUUUUUAAGGUGAAACCUCCUUGUGACUUCUCAGGAGAAAAAAUUAGCCUAAUCCCUCAAAAUGUCAACCUGUCCCUUUAAUUUGUCAAAAUGAAGCUCUGUCGCCCUGGACAUGUAGUGGCAGGAAGUAUCUACUGCACGUGAAAAUUCACUGAACAACACUAUGUGUGAACAGGUGCCUCUCAGUAAACUAAGAUAUUGUCAAAAAGUUCAUUUAUCACAGUGAUCUCCUUUAAAAAGCUAUGUUUAUUACUCAGAGUGAUCUAUUUUAUUCCUGAUCGAUUUCAUGGAUGCAACAUGAAGCUAAAAAAAAUACCAACUAAGUCUGUCUCAGAGAAUUCAAAAAUAACAAUUAAAAAAAGACUAAAGCAAUUUUAAUUUCAAAACGUUUUCUCCUGGCUGCAGUCAUCGUCUGUAGGAUGCUCGAGUGCUGCAAGCAUAGAAAUAGAAAGUUAAGUGGAAGAAAAAAGUGUGGAAGACAAACAUGUCUGAGUUUCACUUUUUGAAAUUUAAUAAUAUUCUAAUUUACUGAGAGGCCUCGUUUGUUUGUGUGUGUGUGUGUGUGUGUGUGUGUGUGUGUGUGUGUGAGAACCCCCCUCCAUAUGCUACAAUGAACCCAAAUAAACAAAAACACUUUAUACACCCAGCCUCCCUAAUAUUGUGUACUAUAGCUAUUUUCCUACAGAAGAGUGUGUUUUUAGGAUCCCUGGUACUUUAUGGACACUCUAUCCUAGCAGAGGAUAAAUCUGAGAUAUUUCUGAUGAAAACGUAAAUGUACUUCUUUACUGAAUUUUCCAACCCUCUCAGGUUCUUUGAUGCUGUUUAGCGCUACAUCUCCACCAUCAGAGACGAUGUGCUGCUGUUUAUACUGUUUUAGGCGUCCCUUUAAUAUUUCUGGGUUGAAGGACUUUUUAAAGACGGCGUUGGAGCCGACCAGUCUGGGAAAUAGCUUAGUUUGUUUGCAUAUAUAAUCUACAAAUUUAAGGGCAAAUACGGACUUGUUUAUCAACAGCUUACUAAUUAUUCUCCAUGAGACGACAAAGUGCAAAGGCUGUGAUAAGUUCACAUUUUUCCUGCCCACUCGCUGUUUGAAACAUGACUUGGAAUGAGACAAAAGGUUUUCCUUCCGCUUGUCUGUUGCGUAGAAAGUACAGCUUUAGCUCUGAUGUUGCUGACCAUCUGAGGUCCAACACUUUGACCGAUCAGAUGGCAGCCAUUUUGGCCUGGAAGCAGCUUCAGCCCUCAUAGUGAAGGACACCAUCCUGUAGAAAACUUUUUUUUUUUUUCACUCAGCUUUGUGGAUGUCGCCCUAACUUUAGUCUUAAUUUCCUGUUUGCUUUUGUAAAAUGGUUGCAGUUUCUUAUUUUCUCUCUCUAUAUAUAUAUAUAUAUUAACAAAUAUAAAUCAUGCUAUGAAUAAUUUUUAAGCUAUUUAAAGCAUACACAACUCCCCAACCCAUGUUGAACACGGCAGUGAUGCAUCAUUAUUAUUGGUAAUUUUGUUUUAAUGUUAAAUAUUUUUGUAAUUUAUUUUUUAACCCGUUGGCCACUGUUGCAGAAUAGUGAGGAGAGAAGGUACUGUGUUUUAAACGUGCUGUUUUACCUCUGAUUUCGUUUGAUGCCUCUGUGUAUCAGGGCUUCUUUCAGCCUAAACAAAGCCUUCUGGAUUUCUUUGUAAUAACUUGUAAAUUGUAAAUUAUGUUUUCAUUAUUUUAUAAAAAAAAAAAAAUUAAACUAUAUGAAAACUU